AUGGCAGACCCCAACCCUCCACCCAGAAUCCGAGCCCGGACAGGGCCAGCAGGGAACAGGGAGAUGAGUCCAGCCCUGGCUGCCGGCUCCGCGGGGAGGGCAGCGAGCCCGCAGGAGCGGGAGCGCAUGACCGGCGUCUCCCGGGGGCGCCCCUGGGAAAGUCCCCGCCGCCGGCGCGAACCCACCUUCGGGGCGCCCAGGGGCCCUGCUGGGGACUCUCCGGGGUCCCCGCCGCCUCCUCCUGCGCGGGUCCCCGCUGCCCGGCUCCGGCCCGGCCCCAGCUCGGCGCUCCCGCCUCGCCUCCCCAGCUCCGGCGAAUCCUCCGCGCCGCUCCUCUCGCUCCUUUCGGAGGGGACGUUUUUUCCCCGCGUUGCGUCAGGGCCGUUGCCUGGCGACCGCCGAGCUCUCAGCCGCGAGCCCUUCUCCGCGGUCCCGGCCUCGCUUCUCGCCCCGGGUCCGAGCGCGCCCCGGGUCCUAGCGCCCUGCCGGUUCCCCUGCCCGAGCGGCCCUCGCCAGUGGAGACGAACUGCACACGCCUUCGCCAAACCCCAAAUGAAACCAAACCCAAACAUCCAUUUUCUCAUUAAACCCGAAACCAAGGCAGUUUUCCCCCAGUCGUGGCAACGUGGCUGCGCCACUGUCAGCAGUCUGUCCACGUGGAGGAGGCAGGGGAACCCCACGCCCACGGCCUCGCCCACCCACACACGGCUGGAGUUGACAGGCCCCGCGACCACAACUGCUCCCGAGCGCCCACCGUGGGCCACACCCCCCGACGACCCAGCAGGGCAGGACCAGAGCUGCAAACCCGAAGGCACACGCAGGACAGCAGCCCGAACCGCCAGGUGGCAGGUCUUCAGGACCAGUCCCACAUGCGGACGAGGGGCCCAGGCCAGACACCGGAGGCCCCAGGGCUGGUUACUGGAUGAGGGGCCUCUUACCCCAGACCUCAUCAAACACCUUUCCUAGAUGCCCGGGGCUGGAAGCGUCUUUCAAAGCGCUCCCACCUGCCAUUCUCACGACAGCCCUGGGCGUGCGUUCAGGCGCCGUCUACAGGAGCAGACACGAAGCUGAGCGGUGGGGCUGCAAAGUGACUGGGAGGGCUCCAGGCAGGCGCGCGGCUGGCCGGGCCUUCUGUGGGGCCUUAGCCCCUGCAGGUGCCCGAAACCCUCGUGCUGCCCUCUGGUGCCCGUGUCCUUUACUGCAACUCCGCAUCCAGCCCUGACCUACUCCCUUUCUUUCUGACCUUCACUGGAAGGUUCUCUAAGGGACAUGGUCUAAGGAGACCUCUAGCCAGCACAGACCUAAUCAUGCGAAUGGGGCAAGGGUCCUAAGCUGACAGGUGUAUUAACAGGCGUCUUUUGGGGAGUCACAGCGUUGAUGCAGACCUUCUGAUUCCAGCUCCUAAACAUCUCUCCACUCCUUCCUCCUUCCUGCCCCCUGCCACUGUUCCUACCCAAGCCACCAGCAGCUCGCCCUACCCAGUUCUGGGACCUGCCACCCGGGUCCGAGCGCGCACGCAGUCUCCUCACUGAUCUCCCUGUACCCACUCUCAGCGGCUCCCAAGCCAGUUACUCCACAACCAGUGGAAACUCUUAAGAAUAGAAAUCCAAUCUCAGCUGCUGCUGCUUAAAGGCCUUCAACGCCCCCAGUCCCCUGGGGAUUAAUAGCUAGCUAGGCUAUGGGGCACUGAUUGGCCUCUGUCUGUCUCUAGGGCCUUUUGCAUGGCCCCUGCUCCCCAGACAGAUGCUCUUCCAGUCCCUCUGUGCACCUGCUCCACCCCAUGGGCUGCUGCAGCUCCGCCUCCCAAGGGAACCCCAGGUUACAGGUGCUCACAGCCCCCCUACCUCUCCUUCAUGGACUAGUUAUAAUUCCAAGUUUAUUUGUGAGGUUAUUUGAUUAGUGUCUCUCUCCCUCCGAGUCAGUGGGCUCCGGGAGGGCAGGCAGCAGCCUCGAUCCAGACUUGAGGACACAGCAUCCUUCUGGGUGCUGGCUGUCCCUGACCACAGCGCUGGUGCUGAGCGCUGGGAGGCCGAGUUGCUCACUGCUGUGCCCACGGCCCUGGCACGUGGUGAAUGCUCUAAGGUCUUUUUGGACAGGCCAUUCAGCCCCAUCUGGAAAUGCUUUGUCCUACCUCCACCUCCUCGCUCUCUGUUUGGCCUGUGGCUUCUAUUUCUGGGAGUGCAGAUGCCUUCUCAUGGGGGAAACUGUUGCAUGUCUCAAAUGGACAGGCAGCCUGUCCAGGGCAAGGAUGGUGUCUUGCCCUGUGGCUACCGUUCUGCCUGGCAUGUGCCUGUGGGCAGGACAGUGAUCAGUGAUAGGACCUGGAGGGGAGUGGGCCAGAGGAAGGAGGAAGGGGAGGAGGAAGAGCAGCCUUGGUUGGAAUAGCCUCAACUCUAACAUCAAACCAUAUGGCGUGGUCACGUAAGUGAGUCAGCACAGAAUGGUAUGUAGCCAUAGAAAUAAUAUUUUCGAAAACUGUUUGAUCAUAAAGAAAAAUACUAAUGAUUUAAUGCUAAGAAAAUAAGACAGGGACACCAAAUCUUGUGUACAUUAUGAAACUUCUCAUUCGAAUAUCUAAUUCAUAUGUAUGCAUGGAAAAGAGACUGGAAGAGUAUACGCAAAUAUGAGCUGUGGUUACCUCCGGGCUCCAGGAUAAUGGAGGAUUUCAAUGUCUUCUGUAAGCCUGCAUUUGUUUCCUACAGUGAAUCGUUUUGUAAUAAGGAACAUCAAGAAACACUACUAAAAAGGAAAGAUGGCACUGUGUUGGUCUUCCUGACGGUGCUGCCUUUUGUGUGAAGCACUCUGAGACCCAUUGCUGGUUGGAGGAUCUGGGUGGGCCAGAGAGAGCAGGGACACCUGGGGGCUCUGCCUUCCCCUCAGUUCCUUACAGAGCAGUUUCUUUUCAAAGUGCUGCAUGAUACAUGAGACAUUGCCUCUUGUAAUCCUACAGGAAGCUGUGAAAUAGAUGAGUCAAGAAAUAUGCCCAGCUAGGCAUGGUAGCUCACAUCUGUAAUCCCAGCACUUUGGAAGGCAGAGGCAGGAGGAUUGCUUGAGCCCAGGAA